AUGCCGGUGGCUCCCAAUGGCCUGUCUGUUGGGGAUUUUGUGGGAGGGCCAUCCAAGAAGAUGACACGAAAAAAGAACCGAGAAGAACGGCCCUUCUUAUUCGCAAACUACCCGUCGCGGAAGGUAGCCAUUCGCCUGGCAUACCACGGCCACUUGUAUGAUGGAUUGGCAAAACAGGAGGAGACAUCCAACACAGUGGAGGCGUACGUGGUUGCGGCGCUCAAGCACGUGCGACUCAUCCCGCAGGACGGACCGAUUGAUCUUGCACGCUGCGGGCGAACAGACAAGGGCGUUAGUGCACUGGGCAACGUCUUCUCACUUACGGUCCGAGCCUCCUCAUGGCCCACGGACUCCCCACAGAAACCAGCACUUGACUACUGCGCCAUGCUCAACAGCGCGUUGCCUGUUACCAUUCGGAUCGUUGGGUGGGCGUAUGUGGAUGAUACUUUUGAUGCACGCUUCUCAUGUGUGGGUCGAACAUACCGAUAUUACUUUUGUCAUCGAGGCCUCAAUGUGGAGGCGAUGGGUAACGCCGCAGCGCGGCUCAAAGGGGUACACAAUUUCCGUAACUUUUGUAAGACAGAUGUUGUGAACGUCAGCAAUUACGAACGUGAUGUGCGCAGCGUUGGGAUUUUUGCCAGCGAGGCGUUCCCGGAGUUGGUGUCUUAUCUUGAGAUUCAUGCAAACUCUUUUCUUUACCACCAGAUUCGCUGCACGAUGGAGGUUCUUUUUCUUGUUGGGCGCGGGUUGGAGGACCCAGAAGUGGUCACACAGCUGCUCGAGCGUGGAGACCGCAAACCCGUGUACCCACUAGCAGAUGGUACGCCGCUAGUGCUGUGGGAUUGCCAUUUUAAGAACUUACAGUGGAAUAUUUCAAAACGUGCAUUUAUGGCCGUGGAACACGAGCUUCAAGACAUCGCGACAGCGUUAUUCCUUAGGGCAUCUUUGGCGAACUCUAUGCGCUCGCAGCUGCUCACCUGGUACAAUGGGCAUACGGACUCGGAAGGCAAGACGAUUAUGGCACAACUGCCCGAGGUGCAGGCGGCAGACAGGUGGUCUGUGACCGGAUGUGAUUGGACCGACAAGCGCACACACGCCAACAUGCGUGUGCGACGAUAUGACUUGUUUGCACUGUCAAGGCAAAGGGAGCACGGCGCUUCCGGGCCCUUGUCAAGUAGACCCUACACAAAACUAUUGGAGCGUGAGACCGAGCGAACAUUCGAUGAGGAGGUGGAGGCACUCAGUCAAAAGAAACGAGCCCGAUUUGAAAGUAACAUGGAGAAAAAGUAA